AUGAUUUUUUUAAAGGGUUAUUGCAGUUUUCUUUGGCUCUACCUCAUCAUAGUGACUUGUCUUGCAUUACAAUGUUAUGCUGAUGCUAACCAGACUUCAACUCUAGUUGUAGACGCUUCUAAUAAUGCAUCUGGGAGGCCAAUUCCUCACACUCUUUUUGGAAUCUUUUUUGAGGAGAUUAAUCAUGCUGGCGCUGGGGGAUUGUGGGCAGAGCUUGUGAACAACAAAGGUUUUGAAGCCGGUGGCACACAAGUUCCAUCAAAUAUUGAACCUUGGACAAUAGUUGGAAAAGAAUCAGAUAUUGUAAUACAAACUGUACUUGGUUCUUGCUUUGAACGCAAUAACGUUGCAUUGCAAAUGGAUGUCCUAUGUGACAAUUGCCCUUCUGAUGGUGUUGGUAUCUCUAAUCCAGGUUUUUGGGGCAUGAAUAUUGUGCACGGGAAGAAAUACAAAGUUGUGUUCUUUGUUAGUUCAACAGGACCAUUAGAUAUAACAGUAUCAUUCAGAAAAGCAGAAGAUGGAGGGGUAUUAGCUUCUAGUUAUAUCAAAGGUUCAGCAUCAAAGUGGACAAGGAUGGAGACUACAUUGGUAGCUAGUGCAUCAAGUUCUAAUUCAACAUUGUAUUUAACAACAACCAAAAAAGGGGUGAUAUUGUUGGACCAGGUGUCUGCUAUGCCUGUGGACACAUUUAAGGGACAUGGUUUCAGAAGUGACUUGACCCAGAUGUUGGUAGAGUUGAAACCAGCCUUUCUCAGAUUUCCAGGUGGCUGUUUUAUUGAAGGACAAACAUUAAAAAAUGCAUUUCGGUGGAAAGAGAGUGUUGGACCAUGGGAACAGAGACCUGGGCACUUUGGUGAUGUUUGGAGUUAUUGGACAGACGAUGGAUUUGGUUAUUUUGAAGGUCUUCAACUGGCAGAGGACAUUGGUGCAAGGCCAUUGUGGGUGUUUAACAAUGGCAUAAGCCACACAGAUGAAAUUGAUACAAGCAUGAUCACACCUUUUGUGCAAGAAGCCCUUGAUGGUAUUGAGUUUGCCAGAGGUGCAACCACUUCAAAAUGGGGUUCCCUUAGAGCAUCUAUGGGACACCCACAACCUUUUGAUCUAAAAUAUGUUGCAAUUGGCAAUGAAGACUGUGGAAAGCAAAACUACCGUGGAAAUUACUUAAUGUUCUACCAUGCAAUACGGCGAGCUUAUCCAGAUAUUCAAAUUAUUUCAAAUUGUGAUGCUUCUGCCAAACCAUUAGAUCACCCAGCGGAUAUCUAUGAUUAUCAUACUUAUCCUACAGAAGCACAAAUUAUGUUUAAUGAUGCUCAUGUGUUUGACAAGACACCACGCAACGGUCCAAAGGCUUUUGUGAGUGAGUAUGCUCUAACUGGAGACAAAGAAGCUAAGCUAGGAACCCUUUUGGGAGCUAUCUCUGAAGCUGGAUUUCUCAUUGGAUUAGAAGGAAACAGUGAUCAUGUGAUAAUGGCUAGCUAUGCGCCUCUGUUUGUAAAUGCAAAUGACAGAAAGUGGAACCCAGAUGCAAUUGUUUUUAACUCCAAUCAGGUCUAUGGAACUCCUAGCUAUUGGGUGCAAUAUUUGUUUAGAGAAUCAAGUGGAGCAACACUUCUCAAAUCACAACUUCAAACACCUGCACCAUAUUCAACUGCUGCGUCUGCAAUUUUUUGGCAAAACCCACAAGAUAAGAAAACUUACUUGAAAAUAAAGGUUGCGAAUUUGGCGAACAACCAAGUAAAUCUCAAGAUUUCUCUGAAUGGAUUUGCGAGCUCAGAUCUAACCAAGUCCACAAAGACGAUGCUUACAUCUGCAAAUGCAUUGGAUGAGAAUAGCUUCACAGACCCUGAAAAGAUAAUACCAAAGCAAGGUCCACUUGAGAAUCCAGGUAAUCAGAUGAAUGUGAUACUUCCUCCAGUUUCAUUGACGGUAAUUGAUUUGUUAAAAUAA